UCAUGUUCGUCUUCGUCAUCAUCAAUCGUUGCUUCUUCCUACUAUAGCGGGUCUCUCAUUCUGUCCUGCUGCAGAUCUUCUUUCUCCCUACUAUUCUUGAUCAUUUUAUUAUCAGUUUUGACUACCACACCCUCUGUUGUCCCUCUUCCCUUAACUAUCCCCCUCAUACCCCUCCCCACGUUGUCGAGCCAUCUCUCAUCCUUCGGUGGCGCAAGAUGAAGCUCACGUUCAAAGACCUCAAACAACAGAAGUUUGUAAUCGAUGCAGAGCCCUCGGAGACGGUCGGGCAAGUGAAGGGGAAAAUCUCCCAGGAAAAAGGAUGGGAGGCUGCCCAGUUGAAGCUCAUCUACUCAGGAAAGAUCCUUCAAGAUGACAAGACUAUCGAGUCGUACAACAUCGAGGAGAAAGGUUUCAUAGUGUGCAUGGUCUCCAAGCCCAAGCCUUCUGCCUCCGGCGCUUCAACACAAGCCCCCUCUACUCCCGCAAGAGCAGCUGCUUCGACCCCCGCCGCUCCCGCCGCUCCUGCACCAUCAGCCCCCACUGCUUCACCGGCAGCUCCUGCGACACCCUCUCCUGCCGCCUCGGGAAUUUCUCAGCCAGCUGGUCCCGCCUUCAAUGAUCCCUCGGCUCUGCUGCGUGGGGCUCAAAGCGAAGCGGUUGUCGCCCAGAUGGAAAGUAUGGGCUUUCCGAGAAGUGAUAUCAACCGUGCGAUGAGGGCUGCUUUCUUCAAUCCCGACCGCGCCAUUGAAUACCUUUUGAACGGCAUUCCGGAUAACAUCCAGGAAGAACAGCAGCAGCAAGCUGCUGCCGCAAGCGCGCCCCAAGCAUCCGCAUCUCCUGCUGAAGAAAGUGCCCCGGCUGCGGGCGAUGACGAGCAUGUUAACUUGUUCGAAGCUGCCGCUCAGGCUGGAGGACAGGAAGGCGGUGCUCGAGGUGCCCGAACGGGAGCUACGUCUGGUGAAGCUCUUCCCAGCCUUGAUUUCCUUCGGAAUAACCCUCACUUCCAGCAGCUUCGUCAGCUUGUCCAGCAACAACCUCAGAUGCUUGAGCCUAUCCUGCAACAAGUCGCUGCUGGUAACCCUCAAAUUGCGCAGCUUAUUGGACAGAAUGAGGAACAAUUCCUUCAAUUGUUGAGCGAGGAAGACGACGCGGCUGCCCUUCCUCCCGGCACGCAUCAGAUCCAUGUCACGGAAGAGGAGCGAGAUGCCAUUGAACGCCUGUGCCGACUUGGAUUUUCUCGGGAUCUCGUCAUCCAGGCCUACUUCGCUUGCGAUAAGAACGAAGAGCUCGCCGCCAACUACCUGUUCGAGAACCCAGACGACCCUGACGACCUAUGAUUCCAAUCCUACCGCUAUAUUUUCAUUUGGAUGAAACUCCUACCACCAGAUGCUGCUCUUCUCUAUUGAUCUCUCAUCUUCCCUCAUAAUUAACGUCGCGAUGUGUCCCUCUUAUCAUAUGUUUGAACUUACGCUUAAAGGCGACUAUGUAGAUUAGAUUGCGGUCUAGCUCAAGUCUCCUCUCCUUGAGCUCGUACCGUUCCGUACAAGCCUACUAGCCAGCCGAUGCCUUUUUCCCUCUCGUCUCCACCUGGACAUGUCUCCAAUCUCCAUGCUGUCUCGCUGCCAGAUGAGUCCUGCUAAGGAGCUCGUGCUCAAUUUAGCCGGGUCUUUCCCCAGCCCAUUACACACUCACUCCCUUCCAUUGUAACAAUCUCGGCCUCAUAGCAAUAGGCGAUUUCAAAAUCAAG